CACCGGGUCCCGCCCCGCCCCCGGGCCCGCCUCGGGUCCCUCCCGGAGGAGGCAGCGGGAGCGCCGCGCUGGCUCUGCCCGGGCAGGGUGAAGCGACUCCUCAGCCCUUUUCAGAAGAUGCUUAAGUGACAGCCCAGUUAAGACCCCACCAUGGAGAAGACAGAAGCAGAUGGCCAGCCACCCAAACCCGACGGGGACAGGGAUCAGCCCCGCAGCCUCCCCUACUCCCUGGAGACACCCUACGGCUUCCACUUGGACCUGGACUUCCUCAAGUACGUGGACGACAUCGAGAAAGGCAACACCAUCAGGAGGGUGCACAUCCACCGCAGAGCCAAGCAGCCCAAAUUCAACACCCUGCCCCGAAACUUCAGCCUGCCCGAGAGCGGCUCCCGCGGCUGCUCCACCGCCGCUCCCAGCAAGAGCUGGACCUCCACCUGCUCCUUCCCUCAGCGAAAGGCAUCCCUGGGCGAGGAGCCGCCGCGGGCCCUGCUGCCGGCCGGGGCAGCUGCCGAGGAGCCGAGCUACCGGAGGAAGGCGCUGCUGGCGGAGGCGCGGCGGCAGGCGGAGCUGGGCUGGCCGCAGGCGGAGCUGGGCCGGCCGCAGGACGCGCUGAGGGCUCGGCCGCAGCUGCUGCGCGCCUCCAGCAUGCCCGAGGCGCUGCCCCCCGGUCAGAGCCCCCCGGCGGCACCCUCGCCCCUCCGGAGCCCUCUGCAGCCCUGCCACGGCCCCCAAAGCGCCUCCCGCCCCAGCCCGGAGGGCAGCGGCUCAGCCCCGCCGCGGGAGAUGGAGCGGGACGGCUCCGUGGGGCAGCCCGGCGGGGCUGUGCCCCCGCAGCCCCCCUGGCAGAGCCAGCAGCUGCAGGUGCUGGUGGAGAGCGGGGCCGAGGAAGGCGAUGCCGCCGAUGGCUCCGACCUGGCCAGGGCUGAGGCAGCGGCACCGGCUGUCCUCUGCCUGGCAGAGGAGAGCGUGAGCCCUAUGGAAAGGGGGCUCAGUGUGAGCGAGAUGGAUCUGAACGUGCUGAAGGAAAGUGAGGAGAGGAAUGUCCGGGCUGGAGGGGACGAGGAGAGCGGUGCUCCCCAGGCCCCUGAGCGUGGACAGCCCGGCGGGGUCGCGGCGCUGAAGCAGCAGGUCGCUGAGCUGGAGGAGCAACUGGCCAAGAAGAAAGAGGAGCUCGAGCAGGUCAGGGCAGUGCUGGAGCAGCAGGAUCAUGAGAUCCAGGAGAAGGAGAAGAGCAUUAAGCUGCUGGCCAGCUCCAAAGCUGAGCUGGAAGAGCAGCUGUGGCAGGAGAAGUCCAGAGAGGCUGAGCUGCGGAGGCAGUGGGGCAGCGGGGCCUUGCAGCACCUCGAUGUCGCGGUGAACACGGAGCUCUCCCAGGUGACAGGGCUCAGGCAGGCCCAGGACAAGGGCAUCAACGUCAAUAUCCCACUCUCCACCAGGUCCAUCGGCUGUGGCACCCUCAGGGCAGAGAGCGCCCACGCCGAGGCGGGCCGGGCAGAGGGACGUGCUGGUGAGGCCAGCAUGGAGGCCGGACCUCCUGCUCCCUGCCCCAGCCAGCUGCAGAUCCACGAGCAUCCCGGCGACCACAACCAGAACCACAACCAGAACCACCAGAACUCCCUCGGCCCCAAUGUGGCCCAACGCAAGGCGGGCUUUGGAGAAGAUGAACCUCGGGAAGGGCUGCAGGAGGAAGGGGCCCCUGGCCACGAGGAGCUCCCGGCUGUUGAUCCCAUUGGCCAAUAUGUGAAAAAGAUCCAGGAGCUCCUGCAGGAGCAGUGGCUGUGCUUGGAGCACGGCUACCCCGAGCUGGCCAGUGCCAUCAAGCAGCCAGCCUCCAAGCUCAGCUCCAUCCAGAACCAAUUAGUUAAUUCCCUGAACUCCCUGCUCUCUGCCUACUCCUCACAAGGCCCUGUGGAUAAGGAGAAUUCCAACACGCACUAUCAACAGUUGGAAAACUCUCCAACCACAAGUCUUAAAUCCAUCAUGAAAAAGAAAGGUUAUGGUUUCCAUGCAGGAGGCAAUGGGACCAAAAAGAAUCUCCAGUUUGUUGGGGUAAAUGGUGGCUACGAGACAACGUCAAGUGAAGAGGACACCAGCUGUGAGGACAGCGACACCGAGACCGAGGACAGAGCCGGGGAUGUGGAGCCCGAGCAGGAUGGAAGGGAAAGCAGAGGGCCUUCCUCAGGGGAGAAGCGUGAGGAGGAGGAUGAUGAUGAUGAUGAGCAGGAGGCAUCAGCAGGAGCAGCACCCUGCUCUCAGCACCAGGCUCACAGAUGCAAACCCUCCGAAGAUUUCCUUGCUGCCUGCCAGCUUCUCAGUGAACACCUCCCAGAAAUCAGCAGCAGAAGCAACCAGCAUCUGCAGCCUGUCCUGGGCUCCAUCUCCCAGGAGUGGUUCCAGGUGUCCAGCCACAAGGCUUCCAGGCCGGAGGUGGUGGCAGCGUACCUGGAGGCACUGGGGGACAUCCAGCCCCAGCUCCUGGAGACCGUGGUCAACUUGCCUGACAGGAAUGGCAACACAGCUCUCCACUACAGUGUGUCCCACUCCAACUUCCAGGUUGCAAAGCUCCUGCUGGACACGGGCAAGUGCUGCCUGGACCUGCAGAACCGUGCUGGCUACAGCGUGAUGCUGACGCCGCUGGCGGCCCCCGAGACCCGCCAGGACAUGGAGGUGGUGAUGAGGCUGCUGAAGGAGGGGGAUGUCAACCUGAGAGCUGCCCAGGGCGGCCAGACCGCGCUGAUGCUGGGGGUCAGCCACGACAGGGACGACAUGGUGCGGGCCCUGCUGGCCUGCCGGGCCGAUGUCAACCUGCAGGACGAGGAGGGCAGCACGGCGCUGAUGGUGGCCUGUCGCCAGGGCAACGCCGACAUCGUGCGGCUGCUCCUGGCGCAGCCCGGCUGCCUGGUCACGCUGACUGACAAGGGCGGGAACUCGGCGCUGUCACUGGCUCAUGGGGACAUCGCUGCUCUCCUGCGAGCCCACAUCGAGCUCAGCCCCUCCCUCCCGGUGUGAGCCGGGAGCCAGCACUCCUCCCUGAGCAUCCCUGCUGGGGCAGGGCCAUGCAGCGGGGUCACAGGGCAGGAACCUCCCUGCACCACUGAAUAAUGCUCCCUGCGCCUAAUUCUCCUCCUUCGUCCCACUCACAGCCCUGAUCUGUGCCACAAACAACUCCAGACCUCUCCUCUCCUCUCCUCUCCUCUCCUCUCCUCUCCUCUCCUCUCCUCUCCUCUCCUCU